AUGCUUUAUAGAACCGCAAAAGGACCUCAGUUCUCUCAGUCCAAAUCGGCACUUCAGAUAAGGGGUUCCCUGAAUACUUCUUCGAUACGCAAUAGUUCUAUGCGCAUUUUUCCACAGUUAAAAUCUCCAACAAAAUCACCUAAACAAAGCUUAAAACCACUUGUUGAAAGUAAAUAUGAACUUGAUGAUGUUGACUUUUCUGAAAUAAACAUUGAUAUUGCGCCACCACUCACACAAAAUGCAAAUCUUGACUUAAUUGAUAUGAACAACUUAAUAGAAUCAGUUCAAGAACCAUUUGAAUACAAACUGUACUGUCAUGCUCCGGAGAGUACUGGAGUUACUUCAGAAAAAACUUUUUUAAUUUCAAAACUUUAUGAACAAGUACUUAAAAAUCCAUUAAUUUCAACAUCGGACGAUGUACUGACCAAAAUAUUUGCGAUUGCUGACCAAAACAUUCGAUAUAAACUAUCGAGCGUUAAUGAAUUUUUAUUUAUCUCAGAUUACCCAGUUUACUUCAUGUUAACAGGUAUUGAAUACAUCAGAAUCUGGUAUGCGAUCAUUGAGACAUACCUUCAGAAGUUUUCAUUCACUUUCAACGAAAAUUACUGGAAAUACCUUAUUGAGAGAUUUAAAUCACCAGUAAAGGACGAACAGAACUUAGCGAGAGACACACUACUUCUUUUCUUCAAAAAAUUUCAAGAUCAACGCGAUUUCAUCAUUGAUGAAAUAAAUCACAUUUUUAAAAGCUACAAAGAGAAAGUUCUUCAACAUUUCGUUGUUCAACCUGCUCUACAGUUCCUUGUUACCAUUCUGAGUCAAUUAAAUCAAAUUCCUUCGAUCUUUUUUGCUCAAUCUCGUGUAAUCGUUUUUCCUCUUUUUAUUACCCCCAGAGUUGAAGAAUUCUUCGAUGUACUUUCGAAAUACAGUGAUCUCUUCACGAAAAAAGACUCUACGACCACGUUAUUUUAUAUCAGAUACUUAUUGAAGCAUUGGCCGAUCACAGAUUCCCACAAACAUAUUAUUUUCCUCAACGAACUCCAUGUCAUCCUGUUCUCAUUGAAUCCGACCUUUUUCCCAACAAUAUGCGUUCCAGUUUGUUCAAAACUGUUCCUGUCCGUCCAAUCGUCCAACGCUAAGGUUUGUACGACCGCAUUUAGCAUUUUAGGUGACGAAGGAUUCCUCUCCAUGCUAAUAAAAACGGUCGGAUUUAUUCCUACAGAUUUAGAACGUUCUAUUUCAACAGCGAGUUCAUCAUGGUCCGAGGAAGUUAAAAAGGCUGCUCAGAGUGCUCAUGAUAUUCUAUUAACUAUUAAAUCCAAGGCAGAACAACCUCAACAAUCAGAUUUUGUCCAAAAAUGGAAGAAAGUUGCAAGAUUUGCUAACAAGAAUUACCAUAAUGAAUUUUCUGAUUUCGAUAAUGUAAUGUCUCAUUAUUCUUUCGAUUUUUCACUUUAA